AUACUGUACUAAUCAGCCUUUAAUCAAUCAAUAUUAGUAUUAGGAACUGUGUAUUAGUAUUAGUUACCCAUCCUAACAUUACAAUCAGAUAUGGCACAAAGCCAAAUGUGACGCCAACCCCUCAAAAAUCUUGGGGCUUUGGGAGUUUGUAUGGACAAUAGGGAGAUCAAGUUGCUUUAUAAAUGUUAGAAAAUGCCAAAAAAAAACAAACCUCCUGAGACCUUCUGUUUGUGCCAGCUCAAUACUGGUUUGUAUUGGACAGGCGAUGGAUACACAGACAGAGCACACACAUAUUUAGCAGGAAUGUUGCAUUUAAGAGAUAACCCCCUGGUACUGGUAUUCAGUGUGUUGAUGGUUGUUUGCUGAUUUAUUUACAGAAAUGCAAACGUGAGGGUAUUUUUCUUGCCAAUGGUCUCUUUCCCUCCCUCUGUUUCACUCCAUCCCUCCUCUCUUUUCCUUUCUUCUUCCUGUAGCAUAGAUCUGAACCAGCUGCAACUCUACUUCAGACACAGUUCAUCCUCACCAUCCCAGAGCCAGCAGGCAACUCAAUGGAGAUUUUUUUCCUCACACCUAAACCCCGGGGACACAGCAUUUAGAUACAUGCAUAGAUCACAGACUGCUCUAUUUUAAAUUUUUAUUCUAACUUCUCUCUAUAACUUAAUCUCCUUUUUUUCCUGACAAAGCCCGUUCUGUUCACCAGCAAACCUCCUAACCUAAUUCAUUAAAUUGUUUCCCUCACAAAAUAUAUAUUUUGUACGUAUAUACCUUAAAACUUUUAAUUUCUUUUAGAUUUAUUGCUAUCUUGCCUUCUACAUAGAACAAACUAUAUUUCUUUUACUGCACAGGCGACUCUCUCUUUUCUUUUUUGUUUACAAUACUUGCCUUCUUUACUUUUCCCAUCUGGGACGUUCGCUGUGUGAGGAUGAGUGAACAGGAAGACGACAAAUCGUGUGGUUUUUCUCUGGAUACCGAAUUUCUCAGAUCGAUGAAAGGAAGAAUUCUUAUUGCUGAGCUGAUCCUCUGCUUUGUGGUCUUCAUCUGCUUUGCUGCCUACUCCUCAUCUUAUUUGGCAGCCCCACUGCUUGAGUUCAUCAUUACAAUUGUCUUCUUCAUUAUUGUCUCCAGCCGAUACCACCUUCGCUUGGCAGCUCUCAACUGGCCUUGUAUGGAUUUCCUACGUUGUGUCUCUGCGGCUUUAGUUAUUCUGGUUGUUUCUGCGGUGGCUGCAGCUCGUGGGGCAGGAGACGGUGCAGCAAUUACAGCAGCACUUUUUGGAUUUUUGUUAGUUUGUGUAUUCUGCUAUGAUGCAUUCACCAUUUACAAAUCAGAGGCCACGGCAAACACGACAGAGACAAGAGACGGCGAGUAGGACCUAAAAUUUAUCUGAAAGGACAUGGAAUUGACCAUCACCAGUCAUCUCAACUCUGCUGAUAACAAAUUGUCACAUGUCUUGGACAUAUUAUUUUCAGAAAUCCUGGAAUAUCUGUGCCUGGUUUCAUCCAAAAUCCAGGUGAACCACAGGGUUCUCGGCAUAUUGAUCAUAAACAUAUAAAUGAGAAGAGAAUGCUCAAGUACAAAUUUUAAGUUAUUUACUACUCUAGUUACCAGAGGUUUAUUGGCAUACAUGAUUGCAGUAUUAGUAAGUUAUUCAUAAUACUCAUUACUUUGUUGAUCUUUAUAUAUGAAUAUAGUAUACCAAAUGUAUGAUGAGAACUCUCAUCUCAGAAUCCUUGGAAGCCCCAAAGAUUCAGCUUCUUUUUGAGUGGUCUAUACAUCGCAUACACCAAUGAUUUACAAAUUCCCAGGUCUUUUUUUGGGGGGUUGUCCAGCAGGAAGCCUAUGGGCACUAAUAGACCCCAGGUUCCUAAAGACCUUUUUGGAUGUUGUGAUUUUAUUAUGUCAUCCCUCAAAUAUGAACUAAUAAUUAUGUAUUUCCAGCAUAGACAUUUUUGGAUAAUGUCACAUGGUAUGUUUUUUGUCUCCCAUGCUUAAUCUUCUCUAGCGUGGAUGUCCACCUGUUUAACAAUACAAUUUCAUGGGUGUCAGUGUGACUCGCCACUAGUAGUAUAACCAUUUUAAAAUCAUAAUAAUUCUAUUUCUGCAAAUGAUGUGACCGACAAGCUUUAGUGGCACACUGAAAACAACAGAAAGGUAUUUUAGGACAUUUUGUAUGUACCAUGUAUGUACCAUGUGCCAUUAGCCUUUGGGCAGUGGCACAUAUGAGCCAAUUUUUCUACUAGUAGAAAUGUGUACCAAAAAUCCAAUAAAAUUGGUACAUUUCUGUCUGCUGUGAAACCUAAAGGCCAUGUCAGAUGAGGAUGUUUUUUCACUAGGAGAGAAAAUGCUGAUCUGCUUGCUUCCUGCCAUAACAUCACUGUGCACUGACCUGUUUGUGUACCACCACGAUUAUUUUGGGCAGAAAGUACCAAAAUACAUCUAUGAUGUGCCUGUAAGUGCACAGUAAUGUCAGGAUGGAAGGAACUGGAUCAGUGUUUUCUCUCCUGGUGUAAAUUCACCAGCAAAGAGAAUGCCUAACAUGACCCUAAAGCUGGCCAUAGAUGUUGAGAUUUUUAAAACAUCCGAUCAUCAUCAUGAGACCACGAUUAUCUCGGAACAAUCGUACGAUCGUACGAAUUG